CACAGUCAGCUGCUAAAAGAGAGCAUCCGUCCCUGCUCUCCUCCCCUCUUCCUCCCCCUCCCUUCACCCAUCCAUCCAUCCGUCCACCCCCUCUCCUCCACACACACACACCCGAUUGCGCAUCGCCUCCUCCGGCAUAAUGACCAACGAUUCUCCGGAGGGGGAGAUCCGAGCUCUGGGCGGAGGAGGAGGAGGCAGUGGAAGAGGAGGAAUCGCACAAAGGAGCCGAGCGGACGACAAUGUCACCAUCCUGACGUCCUCCAUGGAUCUCCUCAGAGCCGGCCGCAGCAGAGCCAGCAGCGGCACCGAAGCCGCCCCGAGCCUCGCGUCCUCCGUGGACCUGAGCACCUCCUCCAUGGAGCUGAGCAUCCAGACGCGCAUCUUCAAGAUCAUCGUCAUCGGCGACUCCAACGUGGGGAAGACCUGCCUCACCUUCCGCUUCACCGGGGGGAGCUUCCCCGACAAGACCGAGGCCACCAUCGGCGUGGAUUUCAGGGAGAAGGCGGUGGAGAUCGAGGGCGAGACCAUCAAGGUGCAGGUUUGGGACACAGCAGGACAGGAGCGCUUUCGUAAAUCCAUGGUGGAGCACUACUACCGCAAUGUCCACGCAGUGGUCUUUGUGUAUGACGUCACCAAGAUGAAUUCCUUCCGUAACCUACAGACAUGGAUAGAGGAGUGUAAUGGCCAUCGGGUCUCAGCAUCAGUACCCCGAGUCCUGGUUGGAAACAAGUGUGACCUUGUGGACCAAAUACAGGUGCCCUCAAAUACAGCACUGAAGUUUGCUGACGCUCACAACAUGCUGCUGUUCGAGACGUCGGCCAAGGACCCAAGGGAGAGUCAGAACGUCGACUCGAUCUUCAUGUCUCUGGCCUGCCGUCUGAAGGCCCAGAAAUCCCUGCUCUACAGAGACGUGGAGAGGGAGGAUGGGAGAGUGCGACUCACACAACAGACUGAGACUAAGAGUAGUUGUCCUUGUUGAGGAAAUGGGGGAGUGGGAGGCAUUAUCAAUGGGAAGAGAGAAGAGAAAAAAAGAAGAAACCUAGAAGAGAAGGAUGGGGAUGAUGGCAAAGCGAAGACCGAAACAUCGUUAACCAGAGACGAUGCUGAGGAUAGAAAGAGAAGGAGGAAAAAGGGGUUGGGAAGAGACAUAUUUAUUAACAAUUCAGAAGAAGACAAUGUUGCCUUUAAGACUCUGGUGUCAUAUAGAAAUCCUUCCAAUUUUUCCAAACACAGACACAAGCAAGGCGCAGGAAAACAUCACAAGUUAAACAUGUCGGUUAUAUGAGGGGGAUCCACAAUAAACUGAAACCUGCCCUGGCUCUGUGUUUGUCCCAGACUUUAAAAUUCUGAGGCACCACAUUAGACCUUGUAUAUCACAGGCUAAUUUCUUUGUCUGUCAGUAAUUUUAAAUUUCAUCCACAUCCUAACUGAAAGCAGUAUUUCCAAACCUUUUCCUUCUGCCUUAAAAACCUGCCUGCAGUCUUGGAGUUUGAUAAACCAGUCUGACAAAAGUAGGGUAGAGGUUUUACUUUUUUUAAGUAUCUUAUCACUUGAGAUGAUCUUCGUUUAUACAACAGAAGUAAGACCUUCUCGGCCUCUUAAGUGGACGACUUGACAGGACGAAUUACUCUUUUUUUGUCUCUGCAUUUUACUUUACCUGAUAUCUACCCAUCACAACUUGACUUAAAAUCACUGUGAAAAUACAAAUACGUGGGAAAGGUGAGAACACAUGUUAGUGGAGCUCGGUGAGCUCAGAGAAGCCACAGUAAGACAGGGGGAAGGAAGGUUCCUGAAAACCCAUUUGGAGGCUGUCAGGCAGUAUGGCACAUAUUGAUUUAGAGGCUGUAAGAUCCUCUUACCCUUGAGCAGGAAAAAUGCUCUCUUGCAGAGAAGUGCCGCCACGUCAAGGCUCCUCUUUAUCAUCGAAUUGUGAUGUAAACACUCCUCUCCAUGUUUUCGCUGUGGUGGAGUAGCUAAAUCCAGCUUUCCCUUGUGUGCAAAUACAGAAAGCAUCCUGUCUUCACCAUGUGUAACUAAGAAAGCCAAGAGCUUCUCUCUAUCACCCAGUCUUCUUAUCUACACCAUACUUCCUAUUCUGUAUUAAACGUCUUUUGUCUAAGAUGAUGAUCUUUUAACAUCAGUACCACUGCCUCCAGUUUUAAAAAGGACAGGAAAAAUGACAGAAGACUGUGGCCCCUGUAUAGAUAUGCUCCACAGCCUGAGCCAGGAUGCACUGUGUGAGUGUCUGGUGUCUGUAUUGAGUCCAGAGCUGUGGCUGUGUUGAGCCUGCAGGAUAAAUACAUGUAUAAAUGCUGCUGAGGAAAUCAAGUGUUUUCAGUUACUGCAUACAUCCGAGUUGGCCCUUAUCACCAAAAGCUUUCGACUCUUGUUGUCUUACCAUGUUGACAUUGUUUGUUUGUAUCCCUUCUCUGACUUGCCUUGAGAUAGCUGUAUUCUGGGUUUUGAUUUUCACUUUUGCAUCCAUCGCGUGUUAUAAACAUUAUCAAGAUAUCCGCUCGCCCCUUGAAUUUUCCGGGUAUCCUCUUGUUGUAUUCUCACAUGGGUGUUACUCAGAUAUUUUACUACUGUAGUUCUGGAGAUGUCUGGAGCAUCUGACCAGGACAUCUGUGUUCUCACAGACAGGCCUUCUGGAAAUGUUUAGGAAAAUGUAUGACGUUCAAUGCAUGUCUGAAAAAUGCUUGGGAUUAUUCGAAUAUGGAUGAUUCGACUGCAUGAACCACUGUUGAAAGCCAUAUUCCUUAUUCACUAUAUAUAGAGACAGAAUAGGGGUUGCUCCCAGCUGGGUUGUGGGUUGAAGGACACACUGUACCCAACAUAAGUUUCGGAGCUAUGAGGCCUUUGUGCAAUAAGGCAUAAAACCACAGUCCUGGCUGUGAUGCGAUCAGUGAUUGAGGGUCUUGUUCAACACAUAUUACCCUAAUUUAACACUGCAGUCUACUUUUGAGCUAUGCCAACAAUAAAUGUGGAUGCAAUAUGUAGUAAAUUCAGAUCAGUGAGCAUUUAAGUUGAGUCUUUACUCCAAGCUGGCAGUCUUAUAACAUCAUUAUUCCAACACAUUCAGAAAUGCAAGAACUGUGUAAAUCAAGGGGAAUCCAGAGAGCUAACAUCUGAAGUUUGUCUGGUUUUGUUCAUCUUUAUUCAUAAAAAGUUUUUGUUUUGUUAUUUUGAUAAGAUUUAAGCGGUAACGAGUGGAUCACAUGACAUAACUGUCAAUUACCAGGAAGAUCUGAAUUUAUUCUCAUUCUAGGGGCAAAUGUGUACCUCGAAAACUUGACUUUGACACAUGCAACCCAGAGCCAUGGUUUCAACAAAGGCUGGGUAAAAGAACACACAAAAAAACUAGGACAACAAUCAUUCAUCCGUCUUAUAAACUGUUCAUUCUGUUCAGGUUUGUAUGUGGCUGGAUCAUAUCAUAAUACACGAGAGCAGGGGUUACAGCCGACCACAGACAUCUAUGGCUCUUAUAUGUGAACAUAAUCCGGCUUAUUCAGUCGCAAAAUGAUUUUAUCACUGUAAGGAGAAGAAAAAAGAAGAAUGUGCCUGUAUUUCCUAAACAUGUCUGAAUGAAACAUUUGACUUGGUUUCAAAUGAAAAAUAAUAGAAUUUAAUUAUUUUUGGUUUUACAGCUUUUCACUUGAACAUGGUCCCGUUGUACUAACUUUAUAAUAGUUUAGAAGUGUAAUUGAUUGUACAAUAAAUAAAUGAAAUCUCCAUUUCUUACUCAUUGCAAUUAUAAACUUUAUAAAUCUUGUGAAGCUCUAACUCAAUUUCCUUUUUCCAACAUUUCCAAUCACUACAAUUCUGUAUUUUAUACAUGUCUAAAAGUUAAGAAUAGAAAUAUAUAUUGUCUGUGUGCUUGUUUACUCUGUACAUGUGCUGUAUUUGGGAACAUGUUUUAUUUGUCAAGUGUAUCUUUUGAAUAACCAUUUCAAACUCUUAAAGCAACAUUUACAUUUUGAAAUUUAUAUUAACCUCCAAUCCCAUUGAGGUAAUUAGGACUUGUCAGCAUUUUUUUUAAACAUUAAAUCAAUUUAAAGUAACAUUAAAUUACAUUACAAUUUUAGUUGUUUAGUUAUUAAUUUUAAACCCAGUAAUCUCAAUGCUUAAUAUCAAAUGUGAGUUAUCUGUAACAGAUUUUCACAG